UUCGUUUGAAAGGAUUCGAUUUGUGAAAGUAAACACCAUGCGUUGCUACAUUGUGCUGCUGACGCUCUCUGUUCUGGCGUGUACGUACGCUCAGGACCGUUAUUCAGAUAGAUAUGAUAACAUCGACAUAUUAAGCCUUCUGGGGAACGAGCAACAGCGAAAUGAAUACUACAACUGCUUGAUGGGAAUGGGACCUUGUGUGACCGAAGCACAGAAUUACUUUAAAGGAAUUUUUCCCGAAAUGAUCACAACGAAUUGCAGAAAAUGCACCCCCAGGCAGAAUGUAUACCUCCUUAUGGUUCAAAACUGGUAUCAGAGAAAUCAACCGGAAAGAUGGACCGCUUUGGUGAAUAGAAUGAACUCCAUCCAACAACAGAGCCAGCCGUCAGGCACAUAAACAAUAAACUCUGACAAUACUUACGUUUUAAUGGAUGUAAACCAUCAUAGCAUCAACAUCAGGCAUUACUUGCCAAUUUUUAUAAAAUUUGCUAGCACACUGAUCAUCCAUCUCCAUAUGCGAUGACAAAAGUUCUCUUCAUUCUAUCUAAAAAUUGAUUGCCAUUAGAUCUAAUCGUUACUUUCACAGAUUUUCUGAUGCAUAUUUGUUAUUCGUAAAACAUCUAAGAUAUGUAAAUAAAUCUUAACAGGAAUUAAAUUUUACAUAAAGACUUUAAAUAAAGUUUAGUGUCAUAUUCUCUGACGAGGAUGAAAGUAAA